CCCGCGCCCGCGCCGCCGCGCCGCGCCGCGCCGCGCCGCGGCCGGGCCCGGAGACGCCGAGGACGAUGGCCGCGGUCCCGGGGGCCCGCUGCAAGCGGGGCUGACCGCCGAGCCCACGGCAGGCGCGGCGGGGAGGCCUGAGGCCCCGCUGCGCUCCCCGCGCCCCUCCAUUGCUCCCUCCCGGGAGGCGGCUGCGGUGCGGCCGGGACUUUAUUCAGCCAUGAUGCAACCGGCUUCGCCCCGGGAUUGUGCGGCACGCGCUGGGUAGGGAAUGAAGGAGGGAGGAGCCGCCUGGUUGUUUUUUAAAAGAAGUGUUGACUGCAGUUCGUUGUACUUGUAACUCUUGCCUUGUUUGAAUAUCCGGCUGAGUUCCUCGUUUCCCGUGCGCUAGAUGGUCAGGCUGCCCCAGGUGGACAUGUCUCGGGGUGGAAUCCAAGACGCCUCGGAUGUUUAGUUCAGCCCCGGCGUUGCGUGACAGUUGCCGGGAUAACAAGUGGUUGCUUUUGAGAACCGCCCCUUCGGGGACUUGGGCUCCCGCAGACACCGCGAAGGUCGCGCUCGCGGUUAGGAGCCACCAUGUCCGGGGAGGUGCGCCUGAGGCAGCUGGAGCAGUUGAUGCUGGACGGGCCGGCGCGCACCAACGGCCAGUGCUUCAGCGUGGAGACCCUGCUGGACAUCCUCGUCUGCCUCUACGACGAGUGCAGCAGCUCCCCGCUCCGCAGGGAGAAGAACAUCCUCGAGUACCUGGAAUGGGCUAAACCAUUUACUUCCAAAGUGAAACAAAUGAGAUUACAUAGAGAAGACUUUGAAAUAUUAAAGGUCAUUGGUCGAGGAGCUUUUGGUGAGGUUGCUGUGGUGAAACUGAAAAAUGCAGAUAAAGUAUUCGCCAUGAAAAUUUUGAAUAAGUGGGAAAUGCUGAAAAGAGCUGAGACAGCGUGUUUUCGAGAAGAGAGGGACGUGCUGGUGAAUGGGGACAGUAAGUGGAUCACAGCCUUGCACUACGCUUUCCAGGAUGACAACAACUUAUACCUAGUUAUGGAUUAUUAUGUCGGCGGGGAUUUGCUUACUCUUCUCAGCAAGUUUGAAGAUAGACUGCCUGAAGACAUGGCUCGAUUUUACCUGGCUGAGAUGGUGAUAGCGAUUGACUCAGUCCACCAGCUACAUUAUGUGCACAGAGACAUUAAACCUGACAAUAUACUGAUGGAUAUGAAUGGACACAUUCGUUUAGCCGAUUUUGGUUCUUGUCUGAAGCUGAUGGAAGAUGGAACGGUCCAGUCCUCAGUGGCAGUUGGGACCCCAGAUUAUAUUUCUCCUGAGAUCCUUCAAGCUAUGGAAGAUGGAAAAGGCAGAUACGGACCUGAGUGUGACUGGUGGUCUUUGGGGGUCUGUAUGUAUGAAAUGCUUUAUGGAGAGACACCAUUCUAUGCUGAAUCUCUUGUGGAGACAUACGGGAAAAUCAUGAAUCACAAAGAGAGGUUUCAGUUUCCAGCUCAAGAUGAUGUGUCUGAAAAUGCUAAGGAUCUUAUUCGAAGACUUAUUUGUAGCAGAGAACAUCGACUUGGUCAGAAUGGAAUAGAAGACUUUAAGAAACACCCAUUUUUCAGUGGGAUUGAUUGGGAUAAUAUUCAAAACUGUGAAGCACCUUAUAUUCCAGAAGUUAGUAGCCCAACAGAUACAUCAAAUUUUGAUGUGGAUGAUGACUGUUUAAAAAAUUCUGAAACAAUGCCCCCACCAACACAUACUGCGUUUUCUGGCCACCAUCUACCAUUUGUUGGUUUUACAUACACAAGUAGCUGUGUUCUGUCUGAUCGGAGCUGUUUAAGAGUCACAGCUGGCCCCACCUCUCUGGAUCUCGAUGUUAAUGUCCAGAGAACACUAGAUAACAGCCUAGCAACUGAAGCUUAUGAAAGAAGAAUUAAGCGUCUCGAACAGGAAAAGCUUGAACUUAGCAGAAAGCUUCAAGAGUCAACACAGACUGUUCAAACCUUGCAGCAUUCAACUGUUGAUGGUCCACUAACAGCAAGCAAAGAUUUAGAGAUAAAAAACCUGAAAGAAGAAAUUGAAAAACUAAGGAAACAAGUAGCAGAAUCGAGUCAUUUGGAACAGCAACUUGAAGAAGCUAAUUCUGUGAGGCGGGAACUAGAUGAUGCUUUUAGACAAAUCAAGGCUCAUGAGAAACAAAUCAAAGCUUUACAACAAGAAAGGGAAGAGCUGAAUAAGGAACUAGUCCAGGCUAGUGAGCGAUUAAAAAACCAAUCCAAAGAGCUGAAAGAUGCACACUGUCAGAGGAAACUGGCCAUGCAGGAGUUCAUGGAGAUCAAUGAGCGGCUAACAGAACUACACACCCAAAAACAGAAACUUGCUCGCCAUGUCCGAGAUAAGGAGGAAGAGGUGGACCUGGUGAUACAGAAAGUUGAAAGCUUAAGGCAAGAACUCCGCAGAACAGAAAGAGCCAAAAAAGAGCUGGAAGUGCACACUGAAGCUCUUGUUGCUGAAGCGUCUAAAGACAGGAAGCUACGUGAGCAGAGCGAGCAGUAUUCAAAACAGCUAGAAGACGAGUUGGAGGGACUGAAGCAAAAACAAAUUAGUUACUCACCAGGAAUAUGCAGCAUAGAACAUCAGCAAGAGAUAACUAAACUGAAAACUGAUUUGGAAAAGAAAAGUGUCUUUUAUGAAGAAGAAAUAUCUAAAAGAGAAGGAAUACAUGCAAAUGAGAUUAAAAAUCUGAAGAAAGAGCUGCAUGAUUCAGAAGGCCAGCAACUUGCUCUCAACAAAGAAAUUAUGGUUUUGAAAGACAAACUAGAAAAAACUAGGAGAGAAAGUCAAAGUGAAAGGGAAGAAUUUGAAAAUGAGUUCAAACAGCAAUAUGAACGCGAAAAAGUAUUAUUAACUGAAGAAAAUAAAAAGUUGACAAGUGAGCUUGAUAAGGUUACCACUUUGUAUGAGAACUUGAGUGUGCGCAACCAGCAGUUAGAAGAAGAGGUAAAGGAUCUAGCUGACAAAAAAGAAUCUGUUGCACAUUGGGAAGCCCAAAUCACAGAAAUAAUUCAGUGGGUCAGCGAUGAGAAGGAUGCACGAGGGUAUCUUCAGGCCUUGGCUUCUAAAAUGACUGAGGAAUUAGAGGCCCUGAGAAGUUCCAGCUUGGGGACACGACCAACAGACAUGCCCUGGAAAAUGCGUCGUUUUGCAAAACUGGAUAUGUCAGCUAGACUGGAGCUGCAGUCAGCUCUGGACGCAGAGAUAAGAGCCAAGCAGGCCAUCCAGGAAGAACUGAACAAGGUUAAAGCAUCACACAUCAUCACAGAAUGUAAACUAAAAGACUCGGAGAAGAAGAACUUGGAACUGCUAUCAGAAAUUGAACAACUGAUAAAGGACAGCGAGGAGCUUAGAUCUGAAAAGGGUAUAGAGCACCAAGACUCACAGCAUUCUUUCUUGGCAUUUUUGAAUACGCCUACCGAUGCUCUGGAUCAAUUUGAAAUCGCAGACUCUGCUCCACUUCCAGUUCACACACCCACCUUAAGGAAGAAGGGAUGCCCUGGUUCAACUGGCUUCCCACCUAAGCGCAAGACUCACCAGUUCUUCGUGAAGUCCUUUGCCAUUCCCACCAAGUGCCAGCAGUGCACGUCUCUGAUGGUGGGCUUGGUAAGACAGGGCUGCUCCUGUGAAGCAUGUGGAUUCUCGUGUCACAUAACUUGUGUAAACAAAGCUCCAGCUGCCUGUCCUGUUCCUCCUGAGCAGACCAGAGGUCCCCUGGGCAUGGAUCCACAGAAAGGAGUAGGAACAGCAUACGAAGGGCACGUCAGGAUCCCUAAGCCAGCGGGAGUGAAGAAAGGAUGGCAGAGAGCGCUAGCUGUGGUCUGUGACUUCAAACUCUUUCUGUAUGACAUCGCAGAAGGAAAGGUGUCUCAGCCCAGCGUCGUCAUCAGUCAGGUGAUUGACAUGAGAGAUGAAGAAUUUUCUGUGAGUUCAGUAUUGGCUUCUGAUGUUAUCCAUGCAAGUCGAAAAGAUAUACCCUGUAUAUUUAGAGUCACAGCUUCCCAGCUCUCAACAUCUGAUAGCAAGUGCUCAACCCUGAUGCUGGCAGAUAGUGAGAGUGAGAAGAGUAAGUGGGUGGGAGUCCUGAGUGAAGUGCACAAGAUUUUGAAGAAAAACAAAUUCAGAGACCGCUCAGUCUAUGUUCCCAAGGAGGCUUAUGACAGCACUCUACCCAUCAUUAAAACGACCCAGGCAGCUGCGAUCAUAGAUCACGAAAGGAUAGCUUUGGGAAAUGAAGAAGGGCUGUUUGUUGUGCAUGUCACCAAAGAUGAAAUUAUUAGAGUCGGUGACAAUAAAAAGAUUCAUCAGAUUGAACUCAUUCCAAAUGACCAACUUGUUGCCGUGAUCUCCGGGCGAAAUCGUCACGUGCGGCUUUUCCCUAUGUCGGCCUUGGACGGGCGAGAGACGGACUUUUUCAAGCUGGCAGAGACUAAGGGGUGUCAAGCCAUAGCUGCUGGGAAGGUGCGCCGUGGCGCUCUGACGUGCCUGUGCGUGGCUAUGAAAAGGCAGGUCCUCUGUUACGAACUGUUCCAGAGCAAGACCCGCCACCGGAAAGUUAAGGAAAUCCAAGUCCCGUAUAAUGUCCAGUGGAUGGCCGUCUUCAGCGAACACCUGUGUGUGGGCUUCCAGUCAGGAUUUCUCAGAUACCCCUUGAAUGCAGAAGGAAGUCCCUGCAGUCUGCUCCAUUCAAAUGACCACACCCUGUCCUUCAUUGCCCAUCAACCAGUGGACGCAAUGUGUGCUGUUGAGAUCUCCAGUAAAGAGUACCUGCUGUGUUUUAGCAGCAUGGGCGUCUAUACUGACUGCCAGGGCCGGAGGUCCAGACAGCAGGAGUUGAUGUGGCCAGCAAACCCUUCCUCUUGCUGUUACAGUGCGCCGUACCUCUCAGUGUACAGUGAGAAUGCAGUGGAUGUCUUUGAUGUCAACUCCAUGGAGUGGAUCCAGACACUUCCUCUCAAAAAGGUUCGACCUUUGAAUAGUGAGGGAUCACUAAAUCUUCUAGGGUUGGAGACAAUUAGAUUAAUAUAUUUCAAAAAUAAGAUGGCAGAAGGGGAUGAACUUGUAGUCCCUGAAACAUCAGACAACAGUCGGAAACAGAUGGUCAGAAGCAUCAGCAACAAGCGACGGUUCUCCUUCAGAGUCCCAGAGGAGGAGCGGGUGCAGCAGAGGAGGGAGAUGCUACGAGAUCCAGAAAUGAGAAAUAAAUUAAUUUCUAACCCAACUAACUUUAACCACAUAGCACACAUGGGUCCUGGAGAUGGAGUACAGAUCCUAAAAGACCUGCCCAUGCCAGGUUUCCCUUACCCGUUCCCUCAUCAUCACUCCGGUCUGAUCUCCUCACCGAUCAACUUUGAGCAUAUCUACCACAUGACUGUUAAUUCUGCUGAAAAAUUUCUCUCUCCUGAUCCCAUAAACCCUGCGUCUUCCCCGUCUCUGCACUCUGUCCCUGGUACACCAGGCCCUGUGACUCUGAGGAACCCUCGUCCUCAGGAAAGCCGGACAGUAUUCAGUGGCUCAGUCAGUAUUCCAUCUAUCACCAAAUCCCGCCCUGAGCCCGGCCGCUCCAUGAGUGCCAGCAGUGGCCUGUCAGCACGUUCAUCCACACAGAACGGUAGCGCCUUGAAGAGGGAGUUCUCCGGAGGAAGCUACAAGGCAAAGCGGCAGCCUCUACCUUCUCCCUCCGAGGGCUCUUUGUCCUCAGGAGGUGUGGACCAAGGAAGCGAUGCCCCAACCAGGGACUAUGAUGGGGAGGACUCUGAUUCUCCAAGGCAUUCCACAGCUUCCAACAGCUCCAACCUGAGCAGCCCCCCAAGCCCGGUUUCUCCUCGAAAGACCAAGAGCCUCUCACUGGAGAGUACUGACCACGGGAGCUGGGACCCAUGAGCCAGGGUGGCCUCACCCGCACCUUCCACUGCCUUCCCUCCCUCCAUUUCCUACUCCACUUAGGCCUGGAAAGGACAGGCUGGCGGCAGCCACAGGAGGGACUGGUGGUCUGACAACACUGGCGGAUCCUUGGUCUGGUAGCAGUAGCAUAGGUGGCCUCCCUCCACCCUGCUGCUGAGGCCGGUGUAGGUUCAUCCCCAUGCAGAGCUGCCUUCAGGAAGACGCUACCCUUCCCCAAAGAUAGCCCAGUAGACAGACUGCACAAACGUAGGGAAUGUUGUGGGUUAGACAGUCCAUCCCUACAGUAGCCACCGCAGCCCUCUGUCGGCACCUGGGAUUCUGCACACCACAGACAGCAGCCUAGAGAGGUCACCGUGACCAGCGCCAGCCCAAGUCCUCACAGAUGAAAAUAAUGCAUAUUUUACUACACUAGAGUUUAAAUAAAUACAUAUGUAGAAGUUCAAUGCUGAAUGUAUAUAGUCAAGAGAAGCAUCUUGUAUUCAAUGAAAGACAGAUGCAUAUAUAAGAGAGAUCAUUUAAUUUAAAGAUGUGUUGUUUCUUGUCUGUUUCCAGCUAAGUCGUGUACAGGGUAGAAAGGCCUCAAGCAUUUGCAGAGGGAGAGCAAGAAUAAUCAGGGCUCACUGGGGACCCUGCAUGGGAGGUGUGGAGUGCAGCCAGACAAGAGGGUUCAGACCUUGAAGCUGCGGCUUAUGCCACCACCCUCGUCACCUUCGCUAGCAGCAGAAUGGCACCACACUUCCCACUCUUAAUUGUGUCUUGAUGUGUUGUGCAGGCGGAUGUAGAAAAAGGAUUGUCACCUUCCAACCCCUUCCAUCUGAAAGGACACAAGUGUCUAUGGCUUCUGAAGGCCUAUAAUGGUUCAUGAAAGUGCUUUUCUUCCUGGAAAGUCCUGGCCUCCUGAGGUGGCAAUGGUUGUCUGUCCAGGGCUGAAUAUGGCUUCCCCAGAUGAGCCCAGUGAAAAGAAGUUACCAAAUAAUACAAAACCUCAAAAGCAAGUACUUGGGCAGCUUUAGGCAAACACUUCUAACCAAAGGAGGCCAGGAGCUCAGGCCCUGACUGCGCCCUGUCGCUGCCCGGGAGAGUGAGAAGUGGAGGCAGGACUUCCGUCUGCACUCAUUCACCAGCAAGCACAUGGUAGAGAAAGAAAGAUGUCAUGUGGAAGUAAGGAGAACCUCUCUCUUGCUUCUCACUGGGAGGAAAAGAAACAGAAUUUUCUCCCCUCGUCUUUAAACCUCAGCUAAAAUGAAGAAAGUUCCUCAGUGGCUAACCUGGCUGUAGUGUCCAGCUCCUCCCCUCCCGCACCUGGCACCUGGAGGGCCCAUGAGGGAAGGAGAGCCCUGAGUGCUUAGUGUCAGGACUUCCACACACAAGCAUUCUAGACUUGCUGCUGCUUUGAUUUGGUUUAGGUGGGCAUUAUUCAGUGUAGUUCUAACCUCCCAAAUCUGCUUUUAGAAAAAAAGCAUAUUAUAAAAAUGCCUCUGUACAUCCAAGUAUCAAGGGUGGGUGGACCUUGCAUUUGGUCACUGAUGCAUCAAACUGGUACCUGCUGGAACUUGGCACCUGAUGUGAGAAAAAAAGGACCAGCUGGCUGGCCAUGUCCCUGGUGCUCAUGAUUGGUUCUCUCCUUCCCUGACAGCAGAAGGCAGACCCAGGCUGAGAUGGACAGGACUCUGCACUAAGCCAUUAGCUUGUAUCUUGACAACCAGUUGUGAAUUUUUAUUGCUUAUAGGUGUUUGUUUCUCCAAAGACGCUCUUAGAAUCACCUACGUAAAGUUUAGGCCCCACGACAGACUGCUGCACAGCCUCCCGCGGGCAAGCACCCUGGAGGCUGGUCUCCCCACCAGGUGGCUGUCCUUCCCCCCGCCCACGGCAAUCAUGAGUAAUCCAGAUGUGUACAGACUCUAACAUCAGAAUUGGGGGUAGAUUUCCUGGGUUAAUUGUCCUGUGGGGCUGAGCACACCUUAAAUGUGAGUCUACUAUCUUCAGAAGCUUAUGGGAACAGUGUUUGGAAAGAUGGAAUAGGCUCCAGGAGACGGCUGCACUAAGACCAUUCAAAGGGCUCAGGAGCACAGGUCCAAGGUUAUGUUCAAGUCACCCCCCCCAGCCCCACCCAUGCAGGACAUUUCCAAAGGCAGUGGGGACCAACUUCCCAACAGAAAGAAACCCCGCGUCCCAGGCACUUCUGGCACAUGUCUCGCUGGUGCUUGGUGCUUUCCCUGUCCCUUAUCUGGCUAAUUUGCCAUGUGCUUUUUGGGUGUAUAAAAUUAUAAACACAAAUGUUUCUUCUCGCCAAAAGCAAAAGCCUUCCUCCUUCUCAAGUGACUCCUAAACAAACUUCACUUCAGUUAUAAAAAUUCACAUCUAUUUAUACACUCUCCCCCCACACACACACACACUCGACAAUUUUCCAAGAGCACAGCUUUGAAGCCAUCCCACAGAACUAAGCAGGACCCAUCUGCCCUGGUCCAAGCUUCAAGGAGAAUCCGAAAUUCCUGUCAUGUUUACAGCAGCAAUGCUCAGCCUCGUUCCAUAUGCUUAGAACCAUGUCGUUUUGUUAAUGGCCAUGUCUAUUUGUGAGGAAGACCAGCUGGUUCAUGUGAAACUCGAAGGAAAAACCAGAGCAGGGUGGACAGGCGUCCUACUCCCAGAUGCUACAGGGCCAUUUGCUGGCCCUGGCAGUGACCACACAUUUGAGUCUCCCAGCUCAGUGGGCUUGGUGGCAGCUCUCACCAUGCUCUCUGGACGGGCACUGGGAGCACAAGCCCGAGUCCCCUGGGCACUCCCCACCUGUCUCCAGCCAGCCCUGAGCUAGACACGCUGCUUGACGGUUCAUUGCACCCUCUUCAAAACCUCUUCUCAAGGCCGCAGUUCUCUGAGGGUCACUCCAGCAGAGCCAGCUCUGCCAGCUCUCCCUUCCCGGGGCCCAGCACUACACAAGGUGUCCCAGUGGUACAGGACUCUGACCACCUCAAACCAACCUUGAUGUCUCUGAAAACAAAUGACCUGCCUUUUUAUUUGAUAGUAUAAUAUCAUUUAUAAAUUUUUAGGUUUUUCUCAUUGUAAUAUUAUUGUACAGUUUUGCAUGGCCUAGAUGUAAUCAUUUUGUUAAGAAUGUAAUGCUGAGCAGUUUGUGUGGAAGGGGGAGAUGCCGCUUUGGCCUCUUAGCACUUAUUUUGGUUUUUUUCCCUCAAUGUCUUAGGGAACUUCCUAAGAGAGUCUCUGCUACCAAACAGUGAUGUGGAUUCUUUUGCACAGAAAUAUUUAAGGUGGGAUAGUCAAAAUGUAACAAAAGAAUUCACCAAUAUUUUAUGUUGGUAUCACUUAAUAUUAACCAGACUUUGAUGUACUGCAAUAAAACACGGAACUGUUAGAGUUGAGUGUUUUGUCUCUUUCCCCAGU